CAGCGAACAAAAGAAUGGUGCUGAUCAGGAAGUCGUCGUCUUGGUGACGAAGCAAUCAAUCGAUCAGCAAAUCUAUGGUCCACACGAAGCCAGACCUCCGAAACCGGCACCAGUGUGAAGGCUUGACCAAGCUAGGGAAAGAAGACUUGAGGGCUCGUGACUGCGUUCCUCUUAGCUCUUCCGCUUCCCCUUCCACUUCUUGCAGUGAGCAGCUGGCGCGGCCGUUCACCGGCGACGGCAUGGAUGGGCCGAGAGGCCCCGCGCCGGGGAGGGGCCGGGGGCAGGUGACCGGGUGGACCGGCGAUUCCGGGUCCGGGCAUGGCUCCGGCCCUGACGGUUGGUGGAGGUACGGCUGGGGGUGGGCCUCAGGGCCUGGAGGCGGCUGGGGCUAUGGCCAUGGCUCCGCCGCGCCGGGCCCCGGCGGCAUAGCUGAGGGCACCGCGUACGGGUAUGGCUACGGUGGCGGCGGCGGCGGCGGGGGAAGCGGGCACGGAGGCUUCGGCGGACGCGGCGGUGGGGGCGGGCGCGGUGGCGGUUUCGGCUGGGGAGCCGGCGGCGGGACGUUUGGAGUUGGCGGUGACCACGGCGGCCCAGGCGCGCACGGCUGGUUCGGCGGCGGCGGCGGGUGGCGGCCACCGCAAGGAGGCCGCGGUGGCGGCAACUGAACAGUGACGCUUGAAAGAAGGCCGGUUAGCAUCUGGGGUGUACAGCAUCAUACGGUAUUGCAUAGUAGUACUGUACUGUCGUCUGGGUCUUGAAUAAUGUGCCAUUUUUGGCUUGAGUCUGUAACCGUAAGCAAGAGACAAUGGUUUCAGCGCAUCUGCAGAGCUGAAUGACCAUGUUGCUUCAA